CAGGAAGAUGACCCCACCGGCUCCAUGAACUCACCUUUCAUUGGUCCAGAGAAGCUCCUGAUGUUGCAUGCUCAGUCCAACUGGGAUGGUUAUUGCUUAUCUUACCUCUUAACAGACAGAGACUACAGUGGAAUCCUUGGAAUUGCCUUUAAUGGGCAAGCUGGGGACCUGGGUGGCAUUUGCUCAAAGCACAGAAUGUUUCAAGGUUCACUGAGGUCUUUGAACACAGGACUGAUCACAAUUCAGAAAUAUGGCCAUUACCUCCCACCCCGCAUUAUCCACAUCACACUGGCCCAUGAGCUGGGCCACAGCUUAGGGGCGCACCAUGACGAGAGCCAGCAGUGUGCCCACUUCAGCCUGGAUACCACCCACGGGAACUUCCUAAUGUUUGCCCACGCCACUGAUGGCGAUCAGCCCAACAAUGACCGGUUCUCCCCUUGCAGCACAACCUUCAUUGGGAAGACCCUCCGAGGCAAGAAGGAUCAGUGUUUUGUGGAAACUGACCGGCCCAUCUGUGGAAACCACGUGCUGGACCCCGGAGAGGGCUGUGAUGUGGGAAGCAGCACCACAGACCCCUGUUGCUAUGGCGCUGGCGAGAAUGAAGGGCUCCGCUGCCGGCUGAAGGCCGGGGUGCAGUGCAGGUAGGGGCCUCUGCGCCCCCUCACUCUCCCAACCCCGCUCCAUCCAUCCCAGGGCCCAGGACGAGGAGUCCACAACUGGGCUCUGAUCCCUGGGCUGCCAUUAGUGGGUGACCCUACCCACUUCAGGACUUCAGUUUUACCUUUUG